CCAUGGACGACGAGGAGGAGACGUACCGGCUGUGGAAGAUCCGCAAGACCAUCAUGCAGUUGUGCCACGACCGCGGCUACCUGGUGACCCAAGACGAACUGGAUCAGACAUUGGAGGAGUUCAAAGGCCAAUUUGGGGAUAAGCCCAGCGAGGGGCGGCCGCGGCGUACAGACCUCACCGUCCUGGUGGCCCACAACGACGAUCCCACCGAUCAGAUGUUCGUCUUCUUCCCCGAGGAGCCCAAAGUCGGGAUCAAGACCAUCAAGAUGUACUGUCAGCGGAUGCAGGAGGAGAACAUCACCAGGGCACUCAUUGUGGUGCAGCAGGGCAUGACCCCCUCUGCCAAGCAGUCCCUGGUCGACAUGGCCCCCAAAUACAUCUUGGAACAGUUUCUGCAACAAGAACUGCUGAUCAACAUCACAGAGCAUGAACUGGUUCCAGAACAUGUCGUCAUGACCAAGGAGGAAGUGACCGAGCUGUUGGCACGAUACAAACUGCGAGAAAACCAGCUGCCCCGGAUCCAGGCAGGAGACCCAGUGGCGCGCUACUUUGGAAUCAAGCGAGGGCAGGUGGUGAAGAUUAUCAGACCCAGCGAGACGGCAGGCAGAUACAUCACUUACCGCCUGGUGCAGUGACCACAUGUACCUGGUGGGAGGUAAGGUGAGCCGUGACUGUCGACACUUCCCGAGCCCCUGUUGUGUGCUCGUCCCCACUCCUACCCACCAGAGCGACUCUGUUCUCAACGCCGAGUGCGUCUUGUCGCGACCGGAUGUUUCGCCAGCAGCAGAACGUGCCCGUGCUUCAGCUGCUUUUUACUGACCCCCGUCCCCACAGCCCUGGAUUUUUUCCCAUCUCAAUCGAGACUGGUGUCACCAUCUUGGUGGGACCCGUGACCCUCUCUCCCAGAACUUCUCAUGGUAUUAAUAAUGCCUUGUGAAACUCCCACCCAUGAACGGCAUCUAAACCCUUCUCGCCGCCAUUUCCUCGGGGGUGAAAGAGAACCCCCUGACCGCGGGAAAUCACCCUUGGCACCUGGCGUCUUUUCUGCUUUGAAGACUCCCGCAGCACUGUGGUUUCAGGGCUGGAGGUCUCGCUGGUGCCGGGGUCGACGGGGGAGGAGGCUGGAACUGAUUCUCAGACUCAUCUGACGGACUGCCGUGUAGGGGGAAGCUCGGCCCCAUCUCUCCGGGGCCUCCCCGAGCGGAGUGGAGGGUUCAGUCAGCCGGAGCAGUCCCUCAGGAUAUCCUCCCAUGCCUUCGCUCCCCAGACUUGGUUGUCCUUUUCCUACCUUACCCAGCAAGACCGCGAUAGGCUCAUUAGAAGGAAAGCAGAAACCUCUUGGGCCUCCCAGGCUGCUUUUGGACUUAGCACAUCCCACACCCCUUCCCUGAUUGCAGCAGCGCCCCAGGGAAAGCAACCUAAACUUCUGACCGGCGGUCAACCGGACCCGCGAUGAACUGUCGUCAGCUUUCGUAUUUGUUGGGAGCCCUUUGAAGAAUAAAAGAUGCAGACGGGGGCUAGCACUAUGGUUCUUUUGGAAGGUAGUAGGGCUCAGAGCCAUGACCUCUCCUCUCUUGCUAAGAAAAGGUCGGUAUCUUAAGGAAUUUUGUGCGCGUGAAGCAACCAGAAGCGAUUGAAUGGUAUCUUAAGGAAUUUUGGGUGCGCGUGAAGCAACCAGAAGCGAUUGAAUGCUGCCUCGCAGCAACUGGUCUUUCUGCCUCUGCACUAGGCAAUCCCCGCUUCCCAGCCUGGACGGAGCAGCUUCGAAGGUGUGCCAACUUAAAACCCAUCUGUCCCCUCCUGCCUUGGGGCCUUGUUUCCUGCAGCAGCAUGCUCCGGUACCCAACUUCAGUUUGCCCAGCCCUGCUGCGGGCCCCAUUACCAGACCGCUUUUUAUUUGGGAAAAACUUUCAGAGCUUUAUUUUAAGCAAAAUCAUUCGUACAUUAAAAGAUUGCAUGAA